CCCGCCCUCCCCUGUGUGCUGCUGCAGCAGAGGCUCCGGCUGUGUCAGGAUUACACCCAGCAGCAGCAGCAGCUUCCUGCCCGCACCGCUCACAGCUUUCUCCAUAAUGCCGUAACCUGUGUGACAACGCUGGAGCCAUGUCAGCCACUGAUACGUUGCCCCCUCCCAUUCCCCUUUCCCAGAAGCCUGUCCGGAUUAUUAAAGCUAAGCCUCCAAACCGCCCACCACCCCACCUGCCUCCGAAGCCCCCCCAGAAGCCGCCUCCGUGUCCGCCGAGUGUACCCCUGACCCCCCUCGUCCACUCCGAGCACCAGGAUUGUGUCGCUGAGCAACCUACGUCUGGGGUGUCGGUGAAGAAGAUAGCCGGUCUGUUUCAGAAGGAUCCUGAAUCAGGAACUGGCGAUGAGCCUCAGCCCAGGCUACCCCCAAAGCCGUCAGCUCUCCAGGCAAGGGAGGAAAAGGUGCCAUCAGGGAGAAAGGAGGAGCCACCAAGUGUGAAGGUGAAGUCAGAAGAGGAGAGGGAACAUGGCAGGUCCUGUCCACCUCCGCUGCCACCGAAACAUUUCCAGGACGCCGACGAUCGGUUGUCCAAGAUGGGUUCCUGUCCCCCCCGGCCGGCUUGCCCGACGCGCUGCUGUUGCGCCUGUCAUAAGCAAAGGCCGGGCAUGGUGUUGGUUUGGGUCCCAGAGUCUAGCGUGUCUCGGGCUAUCUACGUCAACGAGGCAUCAGACUCUUCCGACGACAGCGGCGUGUUUCAGAGGCUUCUGUCGUUGAACGACGAUGAUGACGACGGUGGAGGGAAGUGGGGCCAGUGGCUUUUGAAGGACAGGGUGACGGCGGCCACCAGCUACCCGGUGAGACGCAGGUCAAUAAAGCACGGGGAACGCUCUAGACAGGACUCUGGUGUUGGGGAUGAAAAAGUGAGGAACGGUGUUGUGCUCACCUCUUACAAGUCUACGGGAGACUAUAACGGGGAUUUGCCUAACCCUGUCCAUGAAGAGGUCACUGUCCAGAGGCCGUGUAGGUUGGACAAUAUACCAGGUGUUCCAAAGCACAGAUCGCCACCUCGUUUGAAAUCAAAGGCCAGUGAAGACGUAGACUCCGCUGUAGACACUGCCCAUUCGGGACCUCUUCCCGCUCACCCUUUGCCUAAUGGAACCUCCCGUGAACCUUCUGAAUCUGAAGUUCUACCUGGAAAGAACUCUAAAUUAAAGUGCAUCUCCUUCUCUGAUGAAGUGGUGUCUAUGACGGACAAAAUGGACCAGCCGAAUGUUGACUUAAGCGAUGAUCCCCUAAAGGGCUCUGGGUCCACCGACUGCUUGGAUUCUGCCCAGGAGCUUGCUAUAACACAACACCCUUCCCUAAGAGAUGAGCAGGAAGUGGAAAAUCGAUUUAAGAUCCGUAAGCCCGCCCGCAGGAGCAAGGUACCUGCUCAGUCCUCGUUAGAAGUCCCAGACCACCCGCCAAUGAUGCCUCCUAAAGUGCCCAGCAAACCACCUCGUGGGGCAGCUCCUCCGCCUCCUCCAGCUCCACCUCCGUUUUUGAGGAAAGGGUCUUUGAAGAGGUACUCAACAGGCAACGCGGAGGAGGUGACAGAUAGAGAUAAGAAGGCGUCCUCAUGUAGUCUUCCUAUUGACAGCGUGUAUAAGGGGAGAGACCACCGUUCAUCCUCGGAGGACACAACCGAGCCAUCAGAUUUCUGUCCGGAGAGCUCGUUGCUGAGGAUUCCGACCGUCAAGAGCCCUAAAUCCAUAGACUGGGAAUCGCACCUGCGGGAUGAGCCUCUGUACCAGACGUACCGCCAGACGGUCAUCAGUAAGGAGAUCCGGAGGCAGACCGUCGCACGCAACAGCAGCUUCACCAGCUAUGACUCCUCGCAGGAAAGUCCCCUCUGCGCCGGGGGUUCUCCUAAGCAGGGGCGGAGGUCGGCGGUCCCCCAUAACACGCUGUGGCAAGAGUUACCUUCUGUGAUAGAGAGCGGAGUCCUGGACAAUAUGACCAACGAGCAGAAGAAAAUGCAGGAGAGUAUGUUCGAGGUGCUGACGUCGGAGGCUUCGUACCUGCGCUCGCUGAACGUGCUGACUGAGCAUUUCCUGGAGUCUCGGGAGUUAGAGGAUUCGCUGAUUAUCCGUGAGAAGAAAAUCCUGUUCUCCAAUAUCCUCAAAGUGAAGGAGGUCAGCGAGAGGUUUCUCAUGGACUUGGAGUCACGUGUAGAUGAAGAUAUCCUUAUAUCCGAUGUCUGUGAUAUCAUCUAUCACCACGCUGUGCAUCACUUCUCUGUCUACAUAGAUUAUGUGAGGAACCAGCUCUACCAGGAGAAGACGUACAGCGAGCUCAUGGAGAAGAGCCCCCAGUUCCAGGCCGUGCUGUGCAGGUUACAGGAGCUUCCUCAGUGCCAGCGUCUGCCCUUCAUGUCCUUCCUGCUGCUGCCAUUCCAGAGGAUCACCCGCAUAAAGAUGCUGAUAGAGAAUAUUUUAAAGAGGACGGAGGAGGGUUCCGAGAGUGAGCGAAACGCCAGUAAGGCGCUGGACGCGGUGUCAAAGAUUAUUCAGGAGUGUAACCGGGAAGUGGGUCGUAUGAAGCAGACGGAGGAAUUAAUCCACAUCUCCUCCAAGAUUGAGUUUGAUAAAAUAAAGGCCAUCCCGAUCAUCUCUCAAAACCGGUUCCUGGAGAAGCAGGGAGAACUGAGUGAAGUGCAGCAGAAGGGAAGUCUGUUCGGGAUUAAGCCGACAAAGCUCACUCCCGUCUAUUUCUUCCUUUUCAAUGACUUCCUGCUGAUCACACAGAAGAAAAGCUCAGACCGUCAUGUUGUUCUGGAUUAUGUACAUCGCUCACUGGUUCAGCUCCAGUCCUGCCCUACCAUGGACAACAGCUUCUUCCUGACCCUACUGGAGAAUCAUCAGGGAAAGACGUGUGACCGGCUCUUCAAAGCACCCACUCAGUCUGACUUACAUCGGUGGGUGGCCGCAUUUCCCAGUAAGAAUGAUGACACGCUGUCCGGCUGCGACACGAUAUAUGAGGACUGGGACUGCCCCCAGGUGCACUGCGUGGAGCAGUACACCGCCGUACAAACCGAUGAGCUGAACCUGGAGCCCGCUGACAUCAUCAACGUGCUGCGGAAAACAUCUGAGGGUUGGUAUGAGGGUAUACGGCUGUGCGAUGGGAAGAAGGGCUGGUUUCCCUCUCGCUACGUCCAUGAGAUCACUAACGAGCACGUGAGGAGGAGGAAUCUCCGAGAGCGUUACCGGGUGCUCCAGGCUGCAAGACAGAUAAUCACCCUGUCUGGUGACACCAGGAAGAAAGCAAGUUCAGCCUGAGCUCCCAGGAGGCGAAACGCGUCAAGGUCGGGUUUCCACUUGGUUAGCCGGGUACCUGGACAUAAUGAACAGCCCGGGGUUUCAUUGUACAUUUCGUGAACAAACAACCUCUGAUGUUGGAUGUUAGCUGCUUGGUUCAUACAUGGAGUGCACAAAAGGAGAUAAUCUUAUCCAGGCCGGGUAUUGGCCACAGAACACAAAGCCAUGAAUGUGCUGCUAUCUUCUGGAUGAAUGUGUGUCCUUUCCUGGCAACAGGGGGAAGAAUGAAGAGCCUCCAAGGAGUCUAUGGAAAAGCACAAACGUCCCCCAGAUGGGACCAAUUUCACGUUCAGCACAGGAACUGUUGAUCACAAUGGACAUUAAUGAAGGUUCCAGCUGGUUUCUGCCCUUCCUGCAUAUGGUUCUCAACCUUUCUUGGCCUGAAGACCAUCAUCUGAUUUAGAGAAACCUGGGGCAUGAGUGACAUUGGGCCCAAGUGGACAAACGUUGGACAGUGCUCAUGGGAGUGGUGAUCCUGUGCCAAGGUCGUACUGCCAAGAUUUACUGUGUUGUAAUGUUUUAGGAACACUAAGAAACAAUGAUAAUUGUACAAAUGGAAAAUAAGUUCCGUAGACCAAUGUUCAUCUCAGAACUGGAAAAGAAAGUGGACGUUAAUGUAGGUUCCAGCUGGUUUCUGCCCUUCCUGCAUAUGGUUCUCAACCUUUCUAAGCCUGAAGACCAUCAUCUGAUCUAGAGGAACCUGGGGCAUAAGUGACAUUGGGCCCAAGUGGACAAACGUUGGACAGCGCUCAUGGAAGUUGUGAACCUGUGCCAAGGUCGUACUGCCAAGAUUUACUGUGUUGUAAUGUUUUAGGAACACUAAGAAGACGAUGAUAAUUGUACACAAAGAAAAUCAGUCCAGUAGACCAAUGUUCAUCUCAGAACUGGAAAAGAAAAACGCACAAAAGUCAUAGUCCGGAGAGUGAGGACGUGAAGACACUGCCAGCUGGAGAAGCAGCGAUGGUGCGGCCAUCUUUACAUAUGUGGGUACAGGGCAAGGAUUUUACUUCUGGCUAGUACUAUGGUUUAUCUCUGUCUGUGAUGGUUGUGAUGAUGUUCACAGGAUCGUUUUAUGUAUCUUAUACAGGGAAAAUAAUGUGUUGUAUAUUUUGAACCACAAAACCGUCUCGUAAUGAUGUUAUUUCAAGUCAUGUGAAGUAAAUCUUUUUUUUCUCUGGU